AUGGAAACAGACAAUAGUGAAAGCUAUAUUUUAUUUGAAGGGGAAAAUGAUAUAAGGUAUGAUCGAUUUGGAUAUGAUGGCUCUGACGAAAGAAUAUCAGACAUAAACUCACCAUAUAUUCAACCACAUAACAAUUUAAAUGAAAAGGGCCAAAUGAAGAAACUGGCUCUAGGAAAUAAUAUUGGCUUUAAUCAAGAUACAUUGGUAAUAAAAAAAUCCAUACAUAUAUACUGUUUCAUAAAAAAAUACAAAAAUCGGAACGAUGGCCUGAAAUUGACUACCUCUCUUCACCAACUACAAAGCGACUUAAAUCUUAUUAGACAACACAACGCGAAAUAUAAUUCAAAUGACGAAGAUGAUGAAAGACGUAAUAAAAUUCCUAUGCUUUGGAUUUACAAUUACAAAACAAUUUAUUCUGCACAAAAUUGCUGA